UCAGCCUCCAUCAUGGGUCCCGAAGCUUUGCAAAAGAAAUUCGAAGAUGAAGUUGAGACUUACAAGAAAUUGCAGAAAGAUCUGACCAAGACCAAUGGCUUUCGCUCCCAGCUUGAUGGGCCCAAAUUUAAUGAAAAUAAAAUAGUUAAAGAGGAUUUGGGAUUCAUUGAUGACUCAGCAGUUUUGUACAAGCUUAUUGGACGCCUCAUUCGGCAAGACCUGGGGGCUCGGCAGAAUGUCAACAGAGAAUAG